AUGAUGCGCGAGAAGGAGAUGAAGCUUGAACCUCUGAAGGUUCGGUAUCACGGGGUCUCUGGUCGUGCUAUGCCCUACGAUGAGCGGUACACGCCCUACAUCCAGCAGGCAGGACUCCUCCCGUGGAUUCAGUUGGUCAGCCGGUCCACGCCGAACCUCAACGCUCCGCUAGUGUCCUCUCUUGCUGAUCGGUGGAGGCCGGAGACGCACAGUUUCCAUCUCCAGACUAGGGAGAUGACCGUGACGCUCGAGGAUGUCGCCUUGAUCACCGGGCUUCCUAUCGACGGGAAGCCUCUAUACACAUGCUCGUGUCUAUAUGUGGUACGUUGUCUCGAGGACUUUGUUCCUGACUCCACGGGCAAGAACGCUCCAUGGAUGUGGCUGAAGGCGUUGACCGUCUUCGAUAGCGGAUGGAGCUGGGGUUCAGCGAAUCUUGCCUACUUGUACCGACAGCUGGACGAUGUGUGUUGCAGGAUCACAGAUAGUGCAGGCAUUGGUGGUAAUAUGCUUCUACUUUCUUUUGGUCUGUUCCAGCCUCACCCGCCGGAAUGGGUGGAUACAGACAAAGCACUUCAUAGGUUGGACAGGAGAAGGCAGCGGAAGGUAAAGGACUGGGACAAGCAUCAUGCUUCGUAUGUUACCCGCUUCCAUCUUUGUGUGGAGGAAGCUCGUAGCAGUGCACGCGCCCAGCUUCGUGAGCAUAACUCACUUGCUUUUGAUAACUACAUGCGAUGGCUUCUUGAAAAUACUCGAGUUGACAUAUGCCCGCCGGCAUACAAUGAGGAUAUUCUUGAAGAACACCGCAACGAGAUCAAGAAAGCAGCUGAUGAAAGCCAGUCUAUUCUGGAGAAGACACCGGUUGGAGAAGGCAAUGAUGAUGGUUCACUACGAGCAUUCCUCAAGGGCCAUGAGCUUGAUGAUGACACGACUUUGGCGGACGCUCAAGUUUGGUCCGCAUAUAUGUUCAAGCCUAGGCAACCCAUACGCCGGUACACGCCCACCGACUUUGACAACAGAGGCAACCCAAAGGUGGUCGUAGGGACCUCACGGAUGGCUAGCUUGGAUGAUGAGGCGGAUGAGGAAGUGGAGGAAGAGGAGGCUCAUCCUAACAGGAAGAAGAAGAAGAUUGCCUGCAGGCGUGGCACCAGGAACACGCGCGGAAAGCAUUAG